ACCCGACUCGAUAACCACCAUUCCAUUCACAACUCUGCAAAUUAAAGAGCGGUUUUAAGUGAAAGAAAAUUAAAUACUGAAAAAUGAAAGGGUUCACGAUUUUUGGAAUUUUUGCUGUGUCUUUCCUCCUCCUUUCGGAAACUUUGGCACACAGCAGCUCCGAAGAAGAGGGGGAUAAUUUUUUCCUGAAUCAUCAGAGAUGUCACUCUGUCGGGACUAAAGUCGUCAUAACUCGUCCAGACGGAUCGUCCGAGUCGUGCACUUGUCAAGCACCACCCACCACGACGACCGCACCCACCACCACGACCGGCAGACCGGGACGACGACCUCGGCCCGUUCCGAAACCCCGAAACACGUGGGAAUGUACCUCCACUCUGGCCGGAAGUACGACAACGACGACCGCACCGAUUACGGACACGACGAUCACACCCACCACCACUACGGACCCCCAAGCUUGAAAUCAAUUAUGGGAACCAAAAAUUUUAGAAAUAUGUAUUCUACCAAAAUUAACUACAAUUCAGCUAGUUUAAUUUUUAUUUUAAAUUAUUAUAACACAUUUUAUUAACUUUAUGUACACAUAUCUGACAAUUUACAUAGUCUCAUGUAUAUGGUGUUAAAAAUUGCAUGUAAAAUUGUUGCCUCGAGUAGGUGAAACGUAAAUUUUAAUAAAUAUAAAACGUCAGAAAACACA